CUCGGCGUUUCCCCUAAUUACCCAGUCGAAGCAUGUUAGCAUAGAUCCGGUCUGCUUCCUCUUCCUGCUCGCGUAAACAACAACGCAUUUAGUUAUAUGCAUCCCCGGCGGAGACUUACGUUCACCAGAUAAUCUCUUUUCUCUUCAGAAACCACCAAUUCCCCUUGCGGAAGACUUUCUACCACCGCCAACAUGCCCAAGGUCUCGGAUGUUGUAUACUACGCGUUCCACGCGAAGGAGCUGCGCUCAAUAAUGCAAUGGAAAAUCUGGCACAACCCCGUUCACGAGCGCGACGAGUCCAAGGAAUGUCAUUCGCUGCGCAUGUGCUUCAGCUACCUUGAUAUGACCAGCCGUAGUUUCAGCGCUGUCAUCAAGGAACUGCACCCCGAACUUCUUGUGCCGGUCUGCCUCUUCUACCUCAUCCUCCGCGGUCUCGAUACCAUCGAAGAUGACAUGACAAUUCCCCUCGAGAAGAAGGAGCCUCUCCUCCGCGACUUUGACAAGAUCAUAACCAAGGAGGGUUGGACGUUCACGGAGAAUGGGCCUAACGAGAAGGAUAGGGAGUUGCUCGUCCACUUCAACUACGUGAUCGAGGAGUACCUAAAGCUCAAGCCCGCCUAUCAGGCGAUCAUCAAGGACAUUACGAAGAAGAUGGGCGAUGGAAUGGCCGACUACGCGAACAAUGCGGAACACAAUGAGAAGGGUGUCAACACGGUCAAGGAUUACGAGCUCUACUGCCACUACGUCGCUGGUCUGGUCGGCGAGGGCCUGACUCAGCUUUUCGUCGAGGCCAAGCUUGCCAACGACGGAUUGCUGAAGCGGUCGGAGCUCCACGAAUCUAUGGGCCAGUUCCUGCAACAAGUCAACAUCAUCAGAGACAUCAAGGAAGACUUGGAUGAUGGGCGGAGGUUCUGGCCGAGGGAGAUCUGGUCGAAGCAUGUCGAAAACUUCGAAGAUCUCUUCAAGCCGGAGAACUUGGACGCUGCGCUCAACUGCAGCUCGGAGAUGGUCCUCACUGCUCUCAAGAGAGCUCCUGAGUGUAUCUACUAUUUGGCGGGCAUUAGGGAUCAGAGCGUAUUCAACUUCGCCGCUAUCCCUCAGGCAAUGGCCAUUGCUACCCUGGAUGUUUGCUUCCGCAAUCCAGACGUGUUCAAGAAGAACGUCAAGAUCACCAAGGGUCAAGCAUGCGAAUUGAUGAUCCAAUCGACUCAGAAUUUGCAGCUCGUCUGCGAUAUCUUCAGGAAGUUUGCGAAGAAGAUUGCGAAGAAGAACAACCCCAAAGACCCCAACUUCCUGCAAAUUAGCAUGGCUUGCGGCAAGAUUGAACAGUUUAUCGAGUCCAUUUUCCCGUCGCAGACAGCCAAGAACAGGGAGAUGAAGCCUGUCGUCAACCCUGAGGAAGCGGAGAAACAAAAGGCGUUGAAGGAAGAGGCCAAGUGGGAGAUGAUCUACAUGGGACUUGCCGUAGUGUGCACGCUAACCCUGGUAACCCUGAUGAUGGUCUUCGUGGCUUGGGUCGCUGGCGCCAGGUUCGAUAUUGCCUUUGACCAGAUCAAGAAGGGCGUCUUCCGUGCACCCGAGCCUGGUUCGCUCGAGGUGCAGGACACCGUUCAGAAAUUCGACCAAGCCCAGCACGCGGUGCACGAGGAGUUGUAACGACGGCACGUACAUCUGCUUUUUCGCGUUUGAUAUCCUAAGGCUGCCUAAUGCACAUAAUAACCAACAGCGCAAUGCAUGUAAAUCCCCCACCCGUCCUUUUCCACGAUGUUUCAGUGAGACCACAACCAAUAGCACGGAUGUCAAAUUACAAUCAUGCCACUGCAAUGGCGUAGGUUGUGCCGAAGAUGUGCUGAAAUAGACCUACAUUACCCGGUAAUCGGGAACUUCUGUCUUUGCGCUUCUUUCUACCGUGGAGCUCAAGACAGUCGGUGCGGUACACAUAAUUCUGGUAGCUCUUGAAAUGG